GUACAUCAGCUCUCCUAAGAAACUGUCUAGAUGUUGCAGUUAGUUCAAAUGUUUGUGAAUUUCUUCAAGAACUGGGCGCAAAGAUUGACCAUGAAUUUAUCACCAAAGGUUAUGUUAUGAAGAAAGGAAGGAUAAAGGUUACAAUAUUUAAGAUGUACAAGAUGGGGUCAGGUAUCACGAAGGAUAAUCUGGAGCCUUUGACUAUGUCACAUUUGGUGGAGUUGAGUGUUCUGACAACUAAGACAGACAAGUCAGUUGCGGAUGAUCUUAGGAAUCUGGCAGACCAGCUCAGGCCUCUUGUGCAACUAGAAAGGGUUGAUUAUAGGCGAUUGUGAUAAAGCAGUCAAGCAAAAUGGUAAUAUCUAAUAAAUAUUAUUAUUUUAUAUUA